AUGCCUCGCAUUGACGCGCGCUUCUCCAACUGGAGAGUUGACCUAGGUCAUCUAGCUGUCGCGUAUCGCCAGAGGAGGCCGAAACAUCGAAGCCAACCACAGCCUGGGUUUUCGUACACACUGAGCGUAAAUGCCUUUGUCAAGGUCAUUGGCCGCUGGAAGGCAUUCAUGACUGACCAAUCCCUGGUUUGGUGCUGCGUGACCAGUUUGUGUGAGAGAGUUGAGCAUGUGUUUUCCCGUACGAGCCCUGCUUUGUCGAAUCACAUUCCUCCCGACCAUCUGGGCCAGGAAGCAAUCCCCGGCGCCAACAACGGCUCCGGCGACCAAACAGCUCCAUGA